GUAAGCCACAGACCACCACCGAUACUGGCAAUAGCUUUUAGGCUCAUCUCAACUACAAGUGGUUGGACAACUCUGAGUGGAUCAACAAGACACUGGCUACAUUUCCGGGACCAUGGAUCAUAACAUGCCUAAAUCCUUCAAUGACAGAAGCCACAUGAGAAAGUACACCACCACCACCAUGCCAUGUUAGGCUUGAUUAACCAGAUUUAUGCAAGGAAGGCCAAGUUCCAUUUCCGAAGAGCCUAUUAGCUUAGUCUCUUGAUCAUGGAGUCUCAGGAGGAGCUACACCAUCCUUUGCUGACCAACAGCCUCAACUCUGAAAGCUGGCUGUCUAUGGUGAACCAUUCCACCCAGUUGCUGGACCCAGACUCUCUACCCCACAGCCUGGAAUCCUUGUACCUAGCUGCCUGCUCCAGACUACAGCACAAGGAGGACCCAGAGAAUACCUAUGUAGAUCUUGUUGAAGGACAAAGCACAGAUGUGCAGAUUCACAGAACAGGACAGAGCAUCCACAGUGUCAGCUAUGGGAUGGAGGAAGAGGAACUGGUUCCUGCCUGUGAGGAUUUCUCAAGUGAGUGCAGUGAGACGGACAGUGAGAGCAAUUUCUCUCUUAUGAUUCCUCAAGACUACGUGGGACUGGCUGUUUUCUCAAUGCUCUGUUGCUUUUGGCCGCUGGGCAUUGCUGCUUUCUAUCUGUCGCAAAAGACUCACAAGGCCUCGGUGAAAGGAGACUUCAGUGGAGCUAUCUCAGCAUCACGCCAAGCUCUAUGGUUGGCAGUCUUCUCCAUUAUCUUUGGUAUCAUGACCUACAUUAGCGCCAUUGCUGUUCUUGUGUCAUAUCUCACUGGAAAACCACCCUAGAUCAUGAAGUUGGGAAAAUGCUGAUCAUAAGUUUGAGACCUGCACCACACUACUACACUUGGACACACUCUUAAUAGAAAGAGGUCUUCAUAUGUCAUGGCUCCCAGCCCCUUCAGAGUGCCUGAACCACAGAACUUUCCAUACCAGAGUGUUGGAAUGUAACAAGACAGUAAGCAGCUUUCAGAUUUCCCAAAGGCACAUGUCCAUCAGAAAAAGAGCUCACAGUUAACAC